AUGCCAGCCAUUCGUAGAGCUAAGAUAACCGACCUGCACGAGAUGCAGAACUGCAACUUGUGGUGCCUUCCCGAGAACUACCACUUCAACUACUACCUCUACCACUACCUUUCCUGGUCCGAACUCCUCCACGUCACUGAGGAAAACGGUCAGGUCGUUGGAUACGUCCUGGCCAAGAUGGACGACGAACCCGAUGUCGAAGUUCAGGAGGCCCAUAUCACUUCACUCUCAGUUUUGAGAACCCACCGACGACUGGGAUUGGCAAAUAAACUUAUGAACUACGCCCAUGAUGCCAUGGAACUCACCCAGGAAUGCGACAAUGUUUCACUGCACGUGAGAGUCUCCAACAGGGCUGCACUCGGCCUCUACAAAGAUAAAUUGAAAUACCAGAUCGCUGAUACCGAGAUUGGCUACUAUGCUGAUGGAGAGAAUGCAUAUAAGAUGAGGAAGGACCUUGUGAGAAGAGGAUUCCCCAAGAAAGCACCAGAGCCGGCGGCAGUAAAACGUGAUUUGAUGUGA